GACCAUAAUAGAAACAGGAACUCAAGAUGGCGACCUCUCUGCUUCGGAUAGGGCGAGUAGCUUCUCUCAAGUGUCUCCAGCUGGAGAGCCUGUGUGCUCUGAGGAGUCGUCCUGUUGCCAGACUGUGUACUGGGGCCAAAGAACCUGCCGAGGCCAAGACAGAAGCUCCAGAUGAGCGAGCAGCUCUUCUCUCCUACAAGACCUCCGUUGCCUUUCCAGUUAAACUCAUAGACCCUGGACUUUACUCACAACAGCCUUUAGUUGCAGCAGCAGAAUCUGUAGUUACAUCUACAGCUAACCCUGAAAUAACCACAGAACCUCAGACAGAAAGCCCUUCUCCAGAGCCUGUUAUUACAGCUCCAGAGAUUGAACAAACUGGCUCAGCUGAAUCUACCUCAGAACCAACCGAACCUGCUCCAAGUGCAAAUGUUGAGGCACUAGCAGAAAUUUCAAAUCAGGAGCAGGUCCUUGCAGCUCCAGAAGUUGCUGUGUCUGCAGAGGGAACUGAAGCUACUCCAUCAGAGGCACCAGUGGAGGAGCUGGUUGAUUCGGCUCCUGUCGUUUCAGAAACCGCUGGUCCAGAAUCAGUUGUUGUAGCAGCUGAAGUUGCCGCGGUCUCCCCAGAAGAACCCACAGCAGCUACUGAAACCAUACAAGCCCAAAGUGCUGAAACUGCUGAAGCAGAACCUGUGGUUAGUGCAAGUGUGGAAGAACUUGUUGACUCUGCCCCCGUGAUUCCAGAAACUCAAGAGCCAAUCAUUGCCGAAGCUACAGCCGAAGCUACAGCCGAAGCUACAGCCGAAGCUACAGCCGAAGCUACCGCCGAAGCUACAGCCGAAGCUACAACUGAAGCUACAGCUGAGCUUACAGCUGAACCUAAAGCUGAAGAUGACACUCCGGUAUUGGUCACUACCUCAGAAAGCGGUGUCAAAUCGGAUUCCUCGGAGUCCGGUGGAGCUCCGGUUGAUGCAUCCUCUUCGUCAUCCUCAAGCGAUUCUGAUUCUGACUCUGACUCGGAUUCAGACACAGAAGAUGAGAAACCAGACAUCAAAACACAAGCCCCUGAAGUGAAGGAAGAUGUGAUGGUGGACGUGGCUCCUAAAGCUAGUCCUGAGAGUAUCAAAAUAGAGGCUGAAGAUUUGGUGGAUCCUGCCCCUGAGAUUCUGACCACAGCUGAAGCUUCUGUUGGUGAACCAGUGGCUGCUGCUACAGAACCACACAUUGUUGAAGACCCCAUCAUUGAAGAGAAGGUGGAAAGCCCAAGGGAAGUUUGUCUUGAUGCGGCACUAACUGAAGCCAGUGGAGCUGUAGAAACCCCUCCAGAGGUUGUGGAAGAUGCUAAGUUAGUGCAGGAAGGUGCAGAACAGGCCCCGGAAGUUCUUGCAGCUGCCCAGGAAGUAGUCGAAAAGGCUCCUGAGGUGGUUGUACCAACUGAAGAACUUGUUGAUUCAGCUCCUGAGGUUGAAUUAUCUGCUCCAGAAGUUGUAGCGGUAGAAGUUGCCAAGCCAAGUGAAGAAGUUUCUGAAUUGGCUCAAGAAGUUGUAGAUGUUGCCCCAGAAGUUGUUGAAUCGACACAAGAGAUAGUUGGGACUCCCCCAGAAGUAGUUGUGUCAACCCAAGAUGUUGCUCCAACAGCCCAAGAUGUCAUAGAAACAACCCCAGAAACAACAGAACCCACCCCAGAAGUUGUUGAAUUGGCACAAGAAGUUGUUGAACCAGCACAGGAAGUAGUUGAACCAGCACAGGAAGUAGUUGAACCAGCACAGGAAGUUGUAGAACCUCUUGCAUCAGCCCCAGAAGAAGCUAAAGCACCUGUAGAAACCCCAGUAGAACCAAUCGAAAUCCCCAUUAGUGCUUCUGCGGAGGCCAGCGUGGAGGAGCUGGUGGACCCUGCUCCGGCUGUGGAGGCCAAAGCCGAGGAGGAGUUGGCUGCGGCCGAAGCGUCUGAGGAAGCCGCAGCUCCUCCAGUGGAACCAGAGGAACCAUUUGAUAACACUACAUACAAGAAUUAUGAUCACCACAGCUACACGCCGUUCACCUUUGCUGACUACGACUUGGAGAUGGCCAAGUACAGACUGCCCCAGCCCUCCUCUGGACGCCCCUCCCCCAGGCACUAGACACUGCACCUUUUAAACAACAGAUAUUUACCUAAAAAUACUAUGUGGAUGUGCACUGAGCUAAUAAAUCUAGAAGUUCAAUCGUUCUGGAGAUAAAAUUUGGAUUUUGUGCGCUUAAAAGAACAUGUUAUGUUGAAGUGGUGUGAGCAAGUACACUGGUUAACUGAUUUUAAAAUAUGUGGGUAAAUCAAUAAAACUAGGCCCUUUGUUCCAAUAUAAAAAGCUAGACUUGCGCAUGACUAAGAACUGAACAUGUAAAAUUUCAUACAAUUUUUGGAGUUGGCUUGUGUAAAAUAGCAUCAGAAUGAGAGAAAGCAUUUCACAGUAUUGUCCAAAUUGUAUAAUUUAAUGUUUUGGAGAACUGUUAUGACAAUAAAGUGGAGAAGAAAAGUUAAAA